CAAGGAACUUGUUCCAGUUUACCAAAAUGGAGUUGAUUUCUUCAGUAUUUCCUACAAAUUCAGAUUGAUAAGGCUUCUUCGUUUUUGCCAUCUCUUCAGAGUCAUCAUUAGCCUUGCGCUUUGUAUUCAUGCUGCUACUUUCGGAUGCACUAUAGUAUCACCAAGUUGGAUAUCUCCAAUGUUAUUGUUGUUACCGAUGAUGUUAAAAGUGUUUUUACUGUUAGCACAUCUAAUCUUUUUAGGCAAGGCUACUUCUGCUUUAAGCGCAGAACUUUCAGGCUGUUAUAAGAACGUACUUAAUGAUUUUUUCAAACAAAAUACAAUAAAAAAAGGCAAGCACUUGGUGCACUCAAAAAUAAACCAAUACCUCUAUCCACUACCUAUGAUGUCGCAUAACAAAGCUUUUCAAUUUGCAGUGUCAAACUAAGCAUGGCUUUUAUAAAGUCACCAAAUUGGUUUGUCUCUUUUCA